UGAUCCCUGCUGCCUUCCUUCUCUGGGUUUGGAUCGAGAAUUGUAGCUGAACGGAACAAACUUGUCUCAAAUUGUCAGUUUAUACUUUGAGUUAUUCUGCGAAACUUCCACCAUGGCGGAGAUGGGAUUUGCGAUCGCCGUCUCUGUGAUGACCCUGUUUUGGGGGAUCGUUGGCGGAGUUGUUCCCUGGUUUAUCCCCAAAGGACCGAACAGAGGAGUGAUCAUCACAAUGCUGGUUUUAACUGCAGUCUGCUGCUACCUCUUCUGGUUGAUAGCAAUUCUUGCUCAGCUGAACCCACUAUUUGGGCCUGCACUGUCCGUUGAAACCAUCUGGUUCCUGAGGUAUCACUGGCCUUAAUUUGCCCCCUUCAGGAUUCCUGGCUGUGCAGCAGAGGACCUGACACUCCUGCAAACCAAUGGAUGCUACUGCAGAGAUCAUUCUUCAUGAAUCGCCUUAAAACUCAGAUCCCUGCCAGAUCACUGAGCAUUGGCCACACUGGUGCCUUGUACAAAAUGAUUCCCAAAGGACUAAGAGAUGUCACUGGAUGUGCUUUACUUUAAAUUAAAUCAGCCUUCACUUGUUUUCCAGUUUAUAUAUUGUGUACAUUGUGUUUAAUGCUGUUGUGAAUAUGGAUGAUGUUUAAUUAAAUGGUUGUUGUGAGGUGUGUUUGACAGCAUCUUGUUGUCUGUUUAUGUUAGAGAUGGAUGUUAUCCAUUUAAUUGAUAAAUAAAUUAAUAAUGAACUCCA